AACUGACAGCUUCGACGAGCAAGCUGGGAAACAGCUCAUCAGCCCACCUAUACAUUCAUCCAUCCAUCUUUAACCCAAACUUUAAUAUCCUCGCUCCUCUUUACCGGAGCAUUGGUCAGAAUACCGCAUCGAAAAUAUCGCUCGCUGACACCAUUAUCAUGGGAGCUUCCUGCCAAUGUAAAGGCGUCCGGGCCUGCGCUCUUUGUGAGCAUGACCGAGUGGCAAGCCAUCGCCUCAACGUUUCGCGCAUCGGGAGAGCAUUCGUAUUUUGCCCGAAAUGUAAGCUCUGUAUCGAACUGGAUCCCCAAAACGGCGAGCUCGGAGCGUCAUCAUUCAGACUUGAGGGAAUCGAAGUCGCCGAAAACGCCAUCACCGAAGAUCAUGAGAAGUUCCUAGUCGACGCAAUCGAAUCGGCACCCUGGAAGGAUUCGCAGUCCGGACGUUUGAAACAAGACUUUGGCCCCAAGGUGAACUUCAAGAAGAGGAAAGUUAAAUGUGAUUCGUUCCUGGGCUUCCCUGCGUAUAUGGACGUCGUCCAGAUGAGUUUCUCCAGGAUCCCCGGUCUGAACGACUUUGUCCCGGUGGAACUUUGCAACCUGAAGUAUAGCCCUGAGCGAGGUUCCUGCAUCGAUCCACAUUUCGACGACUCGUGGCUUUGGGGUGAACGCUUGGUCACACUGAAUCUUCUUGGACAAACCGUGCUCACGUUCUCGCAAGCUCAAGAUUUCGAUGAUCUCACUCAGAAACAAACUCAUUAUGAUGCCCACGGCUGCGGCUCGGAACAGGGGUCUGAAGCCCUCGGAACGCGCAACAAAUGUCAACCUAUGGAUGUUGUUCACGUGCUGCUGCCUCGGCGCAGUUUAGUGACGGUGGCGAGAGCAGCCCGCUCCGAGUGGCAUCAUUCGAUACUGCGAGAACACGUUACCGAAACUAGAUUAGCCAUGACUUGUCGGGAGCUCAGCGAGACCUUCCUGGAUGUGAACAACGCCGAAUCCGAACAGGGAAAAAUCCUCCUCGAGAAAGCUCGAGUCAACCCGGAGUUAUGAUGGCUCGACCUACGCGCGAAUUAGAAUGGAUAAAGAGACGCUCUCGCGGUCUUCGAGCGAUGUCCGAGGCGGCCGGGACUGAAAUCAGGACGAACUCAUCCUGAAGGUGUUAGAGAGGCUGUUGUCUUCGUUGAAGCAGGGACGAGGCGUUUCACGAUGUUGUUUUUUGAAGCCGAGCUGUCUUUUUAGGGUUGAGUUAAACCUAAUUGCAAAGUGUACAUUGAAUGAAUAAAUAAACGAUAAAGGUUG